UGCCACACCACACCCAGGCUCGGGCUGAUUACACUGUGAAUAAGGCAUUGAAAACCGGCUGUACAAUACAACCGGCCGUGUUUACAUAAGCUCGACAGGGCCAAAGGAUACCCCUCUAAACCACAGUGGCGUCGAAAGGAUUUUUACGGACCCUUUUUCAGACGGGAGGACCAUUUUGCACAUUCUGAGUGCUACCAUCUUCGUUUUUCAAAAUGGCUUGCUGCCUUUCGGAAGAGGCGCUUGAGCAAAAGCGAAUAAACCAAGAAAUUGAGAAACAACUACGUAGGGAUAAAAAAGAUGCGAGACGGGAACUCAAACUAUUACUACUCGGUACUGGUGAAUCCGGUAAAAGCACAUUCAUCAAACAGAUGCGAAUCAUCCAUGGUUCAGGAUACUCAGACGAGGACAAACGCAGCUUUAUAAAACUUGUGUACCAAAACAUCUUUAUGGCCAUGAACUCAAUGAUACGAGCUAUGGACACACUCAAAAUCCCGUACCGAGAUCCGGCAAAUGAGGCGAACAGCCAGGAAAACUCUGAAAUGGUCCGGUCGGUCGACUACGAAAAAGUAACAACAUUUGAAAAACCAUAUGUAGAAGCGAUAAAGGUUUUAUGGAAUGAUGCGGGUAUUCAGGAGUGUUACGACCGAAAAAGAGAGUACCAGUUAACUGACUCUGCCAAAUAUUACCUUGAUGCUAUUGAUAGGAUAGCAGAGCCAACCUAUUUACCAAGCUUACAAGACAUAUUACGUGUUAGGGUACCGACCACAGGUAUCAUAGAAUACCCAUUUGACCUAGACAAUAUAAUUUUUAGGAUGGUAGAUGUAGGGGGCCAACGUUCGGAGCGUAGAAAAUGGAUCCAUUGUUUUGAAAAUGUCACGUCCAUCAUGUUUUUAGUAGCCUUAAGUGAAUACGACCAAGUCUUGGUCGAAUCUGACAAUGAGAACCGGAUGGAAGAAUCAAAAGCGCUUUUCAGGACUAUUAUCACAUAUCCCUGGUUCCAAAACUCCUCCGUCAUAUUAUUCUUAAACAAGAAAGAUUUGCUGGAAGAAAAAAUUAUGCACUCCCAUCUCGUAGACUAUUUUCCAGAAUUCGAUGGUCCUCAAAGAGACGCUCAGGCAGCACGUGAAUUCAUCCUUAAGAUGUUUGUAGAUUUAAACCCGGACCCUGAUAAGAUCAUCUACUCUCAUUUCACAUGUGCUACAGACACAGAGAACAUCAAGUUUGUGUUUGCCGCGGUCAAGGAUACCAUCUUACAACUGAACUUGAAGGAGUACAAUCUGGUGUGAUAUUAUUCAAAUCUAUGCUCAUUUACGCUAAUUUAUUCAAAAUGUCCUUGUUGCCGACACAGAGAAUACCAGGUUCGUGUUUAAUGCGACACCGGAUCUAAGACACAAUCCUCAUUUGAAGUAUAACUUGGUGUGACCGGGGAACCUGUCGGCCAUCUUUGUGGAAGUGUCCUUCACCCUCAUGAUCACCUGGCAACACGUUUCUAUGGAAACCACUGUUACCGUGGCAACCAUGAAGACUAUCACCUAUCUUGCGUAACUUUGUGAUCAAUCAAUUGUAAUCAGAUGACAAAUGUAUUUUCAAAAAUAUUUAAAACGAGCGGAAAUUUUGAGCAGGAUUCUGGAUCACGAAGUGAACCGGGGUUUAGGCAGUAUAGGCCCUGAACCUGUGUAAGCGUCUGGGCCUGAAGCUGUAUAAAUAAAACCAGUUUGUAUGUAUCUUGAAUGCACAAAACACAGCAUGUACGCAUUGACUGUUGUAGCUGUCGGAAAUUGACCUCGUUUUUAACAAUGCCACCUAUAUUUGAUUUGUGCAAUCACUCUAAAGCUUGUGCUUGGUACCAUCUGUUCUCAGAAGUGUUCACUUUGACUUUGGCCCUGAACUAGCGUAAGGAGUGUUCAUUUGGACAUUGUCAUUAGCUCUGAACUAGCAUAAGGAGUGUUCAUUUGGACAUGGCCCAGAACUAGGAUAUGGAUUGUCACUUGGACAUGGCCCAGAACUAGUAUAUGGAUUGUUCACUUGGACACAGCCCUGAACUAGCAUAAGGAGUGUUGACGUGGAUUUUCGUAACUAGUCGAAAAAGUGUUCAUUUGGACGGUGAAUGUAGAAACAGUUAUACCUGGAUACGGAACGCGUCAUGUGUGGCGUCCAUUUUGAGACGCACAGACACUCUAUUUGGCUCGUGACGCGAGUCAAACUUUUGUAUAUAGCAAAGAAAGGAUUUACUCGGUACAUAGUAACAUGUUGUAAAGAAACUCGUCGCAUUCAGUUCUGAGUUUGUUUAUUUUCUGUAUAGUGUGAGAAGAUGACUUAAACUAUGACCUUGCACACCUGAAAUUACAAAUAGACUGGUCCAAUGGGUUGAAAUACUACUAUUAUGGAAUGUCCCAUUUUAGUUUUGAGGUGUGUCUACACCUAAAAUGCAAAAUGUUUCCAUCCAAUUAUUUUGAAAAUGCUAUAAGAUGGAAGAUCCCAUUAAAGAUAUUCAGGGUCCAUCGGUGGAAUUCCCAGCCUCACAUUUGAGAAAGAAGGAACGGAAUUGGUGCUAGACCGUGUGAAAUAUUGCAGAUAUAGUGAGGUGUCCCAACAUAUGUGGGUGUAACACCCCUAAACUAACAAAAUAGAUAGUCCCAAUUAUCCAAAAUGUGUGAGGAUGUGGAAGAUCCCAUUUUACUCUUGGGGGUGAAGGGAAGUAACAAAUCGCAAAAUUUUGGGUCAUUCUAUUCUGGGCGGAUUUUGUCUCUGAAAUGGAAGAAAUUGGAUUUUGUUAUUUGGAUUUUAGGGGUGUAGGGUAUCUAAACUAUGGAAUGACGCGUCGGCCAUUUUGUUUCGAUUUCCUGUUUAUAUAUGUCAUGACGAGACUAUUUUGUAUGUGGACAGUGUCGCUUUUUAUACUGAGCCCUCGGGUUGUUAGGCAACGUGGAAAAAUGUAAAAAUGGAUUGAGAUAGUGAUUUUUGACCUGACACCCCUUUGAAGCAUAAUGGGACGGGGUAAAGUUCAUUCUCUUCAUUAGGUGGGUCGGUUCAUCUUUUAUCCAAGGGGUAGAUGAAGGUUUCAUCGAGAAGCCUUGCUUUCGGUUUCAACUCUAAAUCUCGGAGUCGGUCUCCAAAUUCUAAAGAAUUCUAGACCUUUAACUUCAGAGUUUCAAAGCAAAUAAUUUGUCUUUUCCCGUUAAAUUUGAAGAUUUCUUCUGAUGUUCUAACAAACUCUUGUUGACGAUCUUUGGUCCCAGUCCCUUGGAUGUAAGAUUAUUUUAAAGACUUCAUCGCUAAUCUAAUGAGCUGGUGAGCUUGGGCUCUGAAACAAGUACUCUUAUAAAACCAUGACAAUUCAUUUGAAUACUGUUUGAGAUUUAUCAUGGGAAUAUUGUACCUUCUGGGUUAAUAAUGGACCUGACCAUCAAUGGAAAAUGAGUUGACUUAGACUGUCCCAUUAUUCUGUAUAGGGGUGUUCAUGUCAGGGCGGCCAUGAGGAAGUAAUACACCAUUUUUUGUUGAAGAUAGAUACGUUGAUGGCAGACGAAGCUGGCCUUGACCUUGGGAUGUAUAAUCAAAUAAUAUAUAAAUUAGCUCUCGAAGACGAAGGGCGAUUACAAAUUUUUGUAAUUGAAUUGAAACAAUUGUAGCACCGAACGUAACAUUUUGUAAACUUCAUUGUCUUAAUCUCACUUGGUUCCUUUGGCACUUUUCCGUCACCGCUAUUUAAUAUUUUGGGGAUUUGCCAUCACUUUGAUGUUGUGCCACGACCAGUCGCCAUGGUGACACAGCAUUACCAUGGUUACAGUAUGUGUUGUCCGUAGCAACUAAAUCUUGACACCUUGAUUUUGCAAUGAAUGGUAUUUAUAUAUUUAAAUUAUAAUCUCGUACACGUUUAGCAGACUACAGCAUCUAUAUUUUAACCCGUCAUGAGCCUAGGGGGCAGCACUGGGCGACUGUAUAUAAUGGCAUUAAUAGAAAUCCGAUCGUACAAUGUUCAUAGUGGUUGGUUUGCAGAUUUCAAUCCCGGGGAAAGUUUUUGAAUUUAUACAAUCUUUUAGGCCCUGGCGGUAAAAAUGGGACCAAAUCAUGUCUGAGCAGCUGUUGAGUUGAUCUUUUCUGAAUUAUUAUGAAAUAAUUUAUCAGAGAAUCUCCAUGCAGCAUUCCCCUUGGUGUUCUGAGUAAGUGCGUGCCACUCCAACGAUCGGGCGAAAAAUUUAAAUUGAUGACUUGACGGAACUGUGCCGCGAUUACAUGUGGAUUGUGGUUGUCUCUUGCCUGCCUCCCCUUCAGGAGCCUCUUGUGCUAAAUACGCUUUUUGUUAGCCGUACGAUUAUGUACCGUGGCGCCCCCUUUUGACGAGAAAGUGCCCAAGGAUAUAUUUUACCAUGUUUUGUAGCUCAUAACGUGCAUAUUGUUACCAUGGUUACUAUAAAAUAAACACACUCAUGUCAUUUUUUAUCACGAUGUUGUACAAGGCGGUAUUGCGGUGCAGCGCCACGAGUUUUAAUUUGUAGAUGCUUCAAUGGUGGCGCUGUACCACAAUGUUCUAGUUGUUGUUAUUUGUCUUUGCGGACGCCCAUAUAUUUUCGCGAUUAUGGAGUGUCCCCUACGUUAAUCUUUAAAUGUUUAGACUUUUAUAAAUGCGUAUAUUUGAAGUCUGUAUCGCCUUAUUUUGAACGCAAUUGGGCGCCGCCUGCACGUGUUGGUAGCAACUAUGUCCAUAUCGAUUUAUUUUGCAAACGGAACUUAAUUGGGUGGCGCCUUCUUUGAUACAAUUGUGAACUAAUUGCGUCUAUAGAUCAUGUGACUAUGAGUUUAGGUUCAGAACUAUAAAUAUUGCAUGUCGAUUCAUUUCUUCUGUUUAGUUCCUCAGUGCUUUUGGUGAAAUAUCUAGUCUCGAGCAGUCUGUAAAUUUGAGGUUCUCGGGGUCUUAACUUUUGCUAAAGACAAAAAGUGAGCUUUGAAAUACCGACUCCACCAAGUUGAAUUUGAGAAAAUGUUUGAAAAUAUGACACCAAUACAUUGAAAUUGUACUUCCGAGAAGUCAAAAUUUGAAAUGGUGUUUCCAAUGACUUGAGAUUUGAAAUGGGGGAAAUUGUCAAUUGAGCAGUUUCGUCAUAACAGAUCCAGCUGUUUGCGGGAAAAAAGUGACACGAAAUUGUUAACUGAUGUCUUUGUGCCUUGAUUCAGCAGAAAUUUGCUGGGUUUUACGGUAUUUUGAGAAAAUGGGCAUUUUCGGUUUUUCAACAUAAGGCGAAACAGCUCAGUGAAUGAUGUACAGUCUGGGGUUGUCAUGGCAACGGCAAAUUUUACAGAUGCUCAUACAGCAAGUCAGUUGGGCUGGGUUUGACCUCAUGACCCUUAGGUUACAAGAUAAACGCUAUGAGGAGUACGCCAGCUUGCUCAUGAGUAAUCAAAAUUGGAAAAUCGCCAUUUCAGAUUUUAGAAAAUGCAAUUGGAGGAGUUUUUUGCUGGUGUAAUUUUGUGAUCUUGAUUUGAGUAGUUGCUCUGUGCUCAUUUUGUCUCUGUAGAAUUUGCCAUCUUCUACCCACUGCCACGGCUUCAUCCUGGGCCAAUCCCAGUUGGCAUUGGCAACGCCAGGAGCUUGUACUAGUUUGAAACAGAUGCUGAAACCGGUGUUUCCCAGAUGUUGGAACCGGUUUACUCUGCACUCUGAAAUUAUUAGGCCUAGAUAUUUAGCUAAAGCGAAAGUCUGUAGUGAACUGUAUUUAAAAAUGGUCGGUUUGGUGAUGUGGUUGUGGUGGUCAUUUCUUUCACGCAUUUUUUACAAAAUCGUGAACAUUUGAAAUUAUGUUAGCAUUUUUGUUGCCGUAGUAACAAGCUUGUGUUACCAUGUUGACCAAAUUUUGUCCCCAUAGUAACAGAAAAUGUAUUUUACCUAAACCUGAUCACAUAUUUCCAAAAAAUUAUUUUAGAUUGAAAUAAAUGCAGUUGUAUUUAUUCCGAAUCCUUUGGAGAAAAAUGGCCGCCACAACCUUGACCUUUGACCUUGAUCCGCAGUGCGUGGUAUAUUAUUUGAAAAAUUGAAUUUGAAUGUAGAAUACAAUGAGGUAAUGUGCAUUAUUUUACAAGAAUGUUUUAUGUAAGAUGGGUUAUUUAUUUCAAUGCUAGCGCACACGUUUAAUACCACAGAGACUUGGCAGGUUUGGCUAAAAAUGGAGGUGUUGUCACCCGGGGAAAGAGUUUGGUGAAAAUAAAAAAUUCGUCUUUUUUCAAGAUGAGCGUCUCUUGCCUUGAUGUGGCAGAACUUGGCCGAGUUAUUGGGUCAACCGCUCUUGAUUUCAACAUCGCGGGUGACGUGAAGUCAGAAAGAUCAAAGACGGACCCGUAAGUCACCAUUUUGUUUCCCCGCAUCAGAGCUCAGCUCAUCUUGAGAGACGUGCAUUGUUGACGCACACUUCAAAGAUCAGUAAACGGUUCUGUUGGGUGUGAUCAAUUGUUGAAAUGGGUUUUCUUCUGCCGCGUUUUUAGAAAACCUGCCAUACUCUCUGUCUUGCCUCUAGUCGGUUGUAACUUGCUGUAAAUGUAGAAUACGGAACACGAGAGAGUUAUCACAGACUUAUACCCCUCAGCAUCCCAAAUGGAACAGUCCAUUCUUCUCUUUCUGUAAAGUGGGUUAUUCCAUUAUGAUCCCCGUGGUGUGAAAAUAACUUUUUCCAGUAGAGACUCCAACUCUUAAAACUGAUAAAUUCUAGAGUGUUUGGCUUGGUAUGGUGUUCUGCUCAGAAAAAUAUCGCUGACUUGCACUCCCACCAAACUGCAAUGGGACAGUCCAAACUGAGUCAUUUUCCUAUGAAGUGGAUGAUACCAUUAUGAUUCUGAGGUUGUGGAGAUCUGUUCUACCUGUCAAACAGAGGCUCCUCUCAAAAAAUGGACUUAACCCUUGAAUGGUAAACUCGCCCCCCAACAGCCUUGACACGAGAAACCAGAAAGAAAUCAACGCUUAUCCCUCUCCCAUAACGAUAUACCAAGUAUGAAAUUGCUUGUCGAUAUAAUAUGGAUUAUACAGUCUGCCUGGAACUUGUAAUAACAAUCAGCCCUGAACAUGCAUAUUGAAUACACUCCUGCCUUCUUGAGUGUGUUGAGUCAGUAUGUGCUGUGAACAUGUAUAGUCAACGCAUUGGUUCACCCGGAACAUGUAUAGUUAAGACAGCUGGAUGAGACUGUCGGCGGUGUUGUUGAACUGAUUUGGGUCGUUCAUGUGCCUCGCCCUUUGAUAUAGUUACAUGGUGAAACCAGCUUUUAUUUCAUCUGAUGAUUUGUGAGAUGGCCUUUAAUUUGACAAAAAUGUGAGUUCAGUUUUGAUUUCAUCAAAAAAUAUUGUUGAUUUUGUUUUCUGUAAACUGUGACAUUUUUGUGAGAGUUUUAGUUUAUGAUUUUUGCGAAAAAAAACAUCAAAAUUAAGUCUAUCGCUAAGGCAAUAUUUUAGUCAUCGCCAAGUGAAUAUCAGCAAAUUCACCAGAUUUUAGCGUCGCAAAAAUUCAUGGUUUACGGUAAUGAAAUAACACAUGUACAUUUUAAUGUGAUGAAAACCUUGUACUUUUUCUUCAGACUGUUGUGAACCUGCCACCCCUCACUUUGCCAGAAUGGACUUUCCCUGAUAGACACUCAAGGUGUGUCAAGGGUGAAGACCAUUGCAGGUUUGGUGGGAGUGCAGGUGGGAUAAAUGGUGAGAGCUAGAACUGUCCUUGGUUGUACAGGUGUGGUUGUGCCCUGUCGCAAAAUUGCCAAUCAGUGCGUUGCCCAGCCAACGUGGUCGUUCCUCGUGACACCAAGAAGAAUACUAUUAACCUUGGAAACAUUCGCGACAAUUUUUGUCCCCGGUUUUGUGAAAUUUCAUCUUUGGCAUAGUGUUGAUGUGGAGAUUUGAAAACAGUGUAACAGUAGUUAGUCAAUGAUAUCAGUUUACUCAGAACUUAUUUGUGUCAGAGAUGGGCCAAUCCUGAACGGCAGUAUUCACACCACUUUCGUACUUACUAGUCUAUUCGGCGCUUCAUCCCAUGUGGGAGAUUAGGCCUCUCUGUUUCUCCGCUUCUUUCGGUCUUUCACUGCCUUGGCGGCCUCGUCCCAAGUAAGUACUUUCUGGCGGAGUGCAAUACAACUUGUGCAGUGGGAACGAUUUGUCAAAGAAGAAAAAUUUGAACAAAAGAAUCUUUCCAAUCUUGACCGAAAAAAACCACAGUACAGUUACCGGGGUAUUAAUGUUUGGUUGCAACUGGCGACAACACAGAUCUGUACACUUCAGGGCAAUGCUGUGUCACACAUUUGGCAAAAGAUGUCACCACCAGUCCGGGACAAGUAAACCAAAUAACCGGUAUUUGACGGCAAUAAGUCACUUUUCUGUCUUGAGAAAAAACACGGUACAACACGGCUUGUUUUCAUUUUGUGCAGUGUUUUUCACGUCUUGGGACAGUUCCUAUGUACAACUUGUUACUAUCAGUGAAUUGAGUCCCUUUUCCCCCUUGACAGAAAACGCGGUUCCACACAGUUUUGGGAGCGCCCAGUGGCGUCCCCUAUAACGGCCUUAUUGUCAGAAUGUGAUAGGUUUUCUUUUCAGUAUUUUUAGCAGAUUUCCGUGCGUGAACAAUCUUUUUGGUGUUGUUCUGAACUUGUUGAUGUAAACGAUCGGCUGAUCUGAAAUCCAUGCGCAUCGAGAAGUGGUCUUGUUGAAUGAGAGUGCUUCAACAACUUUCGUCACAAAUUGACGGACUAGUUCAAUAAAAGAGGUGUGUGCACGAAUCUGGCAAGUCCGGCUUUUGGUGUAACAGAGAUAUUGGUGCGACCUUGUUUGUCAGACUUUCAUCUAUUGACUGAAAUCAAAAGUAUUGCACCUCACAGCGCCAGUUUUGAAAUCUUUCACAUGAUCACUCAAGAAAAAUCAGUUACGUGGGGAAAGAAGCCAAUAAGCUUGAUGUGCGACGCACUUGAUGACCACAGUGCCGCCAUUUUAUGGUACUCUCCACCAGGAAUGUCGAUUAUCUCAUAACGACACCCUGUUAUUGAAGCUGGAUGUAAUGCGUUACUGCCUCUCAGCGUCGUGUGGUUUUGGAUCAGCCGGUUCUGUCACAUGUCAUGAUGUACCAAAGCCAUUUUUGAUGAACGUGAAGUCAGUAACACCCCUUUUACUCAGAAUGGAGCAGUCCAAUCUGAUUCAUUUUCUAUUGAGUGGAGGAUUCCAUUAUGGUCCCCAAGGUGUGAAAGCACUUGAUAUUUGACAAUGUGAAAUUAGCAACUGAUGUUGUAUAAAUAUGAAGAAUAAUAACGCUGAGGAUGUAAUGAUUCAAGGUAAAGUUGGAGAAAGAAGACGCUUCUUUAAAAACUCGUAGCAUUGUAGGAGUUUUACUGAUGAAAAUUGCAUUGGCAUGCGAGAAAAAAUGUUUUGAAACGGUUAGAUAAUUGUUACAUCUUCUGCAUUAUAUAACAUCUUGGAACAAUUACAUUGUCUUUACAAUGCGAUUAAAUGGUUGAGCAACUAAAUAGCGCAAAAAAGUGAAAAUGUGCCAAAAUGGUGAGUGUUAAAAUGUUGUACAACCUCUGCAGUUGAUGUCAUUAUCACCCCUAAUAACCCACAAUGAACUGCUCCAUAUGUAAAUAUUACAUAAUCAUUCAGAAGAGUCCAUUUGGGCUUGGGGUGGAGCAUCAAUUUCUGUGGAUAUAAUACCACUGACCCUCUCCUGUUUUCUGUUUUCUUUCAUAAAGGGAUGAAAUUAUCAGAAGAUGACUGUUUAGAAAAUUGUGCCCAUCACAUUGCAGAAAAAGUUCUUUUGAGCUAUUUGCAGUUAUUGACACUGACCCCCUCUAUGUUUGAAAUAUGUUACUAGUCACAUUCAUUUAUGACAAAAUAUCACCAACUCUAUUCAUUAAGAUGUGCCUAUGUUAUAAUAUUUUCAACUUUUCUCAAUGGAAUUAUUGCUUGAUAUAAACAUUCUCACCGUUGGCUAACUUAUAUCGAACACACCCGUAACUAUGGCUGUUGCCAUAGCAACCAUGGUCAUCGCCAUGGUCACCUGUUACUAUAGUAACAUAAGUUUUGUUCUGUAGCACUCAGUGGGUGAACAUUUAUUCUGAGGCAUUUCUGUUGUAUGGAGCAAAUGAAUAUAAAUUGCUGUAUAAGGUGGUUAAUAAUUUGGUGUAGUUAAUUCUUAAUAGAGGGCAUAACAAUCACCCACAAACGACACGUCACACAUCGUUAUUAUGGUACAUCUUGCAUUCUAUCAUAUUCACUUGGUACAUCAUGAUCGGUUGACGUCCAAAUAACUCGCCACACAUUUAUUGUAAAGAAUCAUACUGUUCUCUUCAAAAGGCUGGUUGCUAUGGCAACAGUUGUUGGGUAACCCGUGGUAACCGUUGCCUUAGCAACUACAUAGAUAUAUUGCAUAGUCUAGUCAUCACAGCUUGAAAAUUUAACAAAAGAGGGUGCACAACCUUGUCCCUGGAGACAGAAUAUUUAAAAGAAUGUGAAAAAAUCUCCUUGGGACUAGGUUGAAAUCUGCCCAGCCUUAUUCCUAGGGGUUAAUCAUACAUUACAAAAUUCAAUCAUAAAAGUCAAGAGCCCCUUGGAACCAGGUUGACAUUUUAAAGUUUCUACGCAGCGCCCUCUUUUUGUAAGAUAAUUACCGUCUGAAGCACACGACUGCGGUGACCUUGAACGUGUGACCUUGAAGUGUCCACCUGACCUUGGGAUUCAACGCACCAUGACGAUAAUAUAGGAGUUUAUUACGUUUUUAUCGGGUCGCGAAUCGGUGUGUUUCAAUAUCGUGUACAAUCUUGAACUAACAGGACGCACAGACUCUCAGGUCUAGGGAGCACCACCAGUCUCGGGUGCUGUGAGUGAAAUGUUUGUUCUUUUUGACCUAACAGUGGAGUAGAAUAUUUUGUGUAGAAAUUGGCCAUAUGUGCAAUUGAUUUUGAAAGUGGUCUGAAUAGUGAAGCAGUUAAAAUCAGUGCCAUUGCUUUGGUUGAGUUAGAGGACUUGUUUUGGUUUCCGUAGUUACAGAAAGUAAGGGGUUAAGUUGCUUGAUUUCAUUGUUGGUCACUGAGAGUGCCUUGUUGUGUUUAAGCCAUUUUGGCAACUUGGAAAGUAUUGUUCGAGAUGAAUACCAGCUCGUUCGGGAUAUUCGUACAGUUAGGCCAUAUCAUGCUAUUUCAGCAACUUGAAAUAUAAGCAAAGCCAAACCUAUGGAUGUUCCAAGCGUCAGUGAAAUGGACUUCAAUUAGACCAUGAACUUGAGUUUAUGAAGGACUGUAAAGCCUUGUAUAUCAAGUUCAUGGACAUCACUGGACUUGGGAUGUACUUGAAUUAAUAGAUAUUCUUGAAUUAAUGGGGCCCCAAGAAAUUCCUCGAACACGGGAAUCAAGUAAUUUACCACGUGUUGAAAGUCAAUCGAGUAAUCCUGGGCAUAGCGGUCUCCAGGUUGGAGGAUGGACAUGAAUUUGCAGCAAUUUGGGCCACUUGGUUAAGUGAUUACCCCAGAGAGUCGUACCCGACUUCAAGGUCGUAAGUGUCCCUUAGUUGAGGGUUCCACCCAGGUUUGAGAGUCUGUUUGUGUCCUGUUGCCACGGUUACAAGUCUGGAGAAGUGUUCUGUUAUAGCUACUAGAUACCACUGGAAUUAUAAUGUCUGUAUAAUAAAAUGCUCUGUCAUAA